GUGGGACUUGGCAGCUAAGAUAGAAGAGAAGAUUCAGGAGACACCAGAGCUACGAGUGAGCUUCGACCGUCAUGUUUACUUCACUAACUUCACAUCACUGAACCUCAAAAUGCCCGUCUACUUUAGCCUUGUCAGGGAUCCUGUAGAGAAGAUGGCCUCAAGAUUUUACUAUAAGCGAGUGACACUACGUCCUGGUGCUAUGACUCCUCCCGGGUACCAAACAUCACCUUCACCCCCUCAUGCUACUCUAGAAGACUGUCUUCUUGCUGCCAGUGAGGAGUGUACCUUCAUCACUGGUCAUCACUAUGACCUUACUAUACCAUAUUUUUGUGGUCACCAAGAGUACUGCAGAGAGUUAAACAAUGGUGCAGCGCUAAGAGUGGCUCAGCAGCACGUGGAGGAGUGGUACCCAGUUGUGGGAGUUCUUGAAGAAAUCAACACAACACUGUUGGUCCUCCAGCAUCAUCUGCCACAGUACUUUGCUGGGGUUACUGAUCUGUACUACAAUGAAUUAAUGGCUCCUCACCACAACAAGAAUCGGCAGCGACCCAAGACACCAACCAAGGUAGAGGCAGCAAUUAGAAAAAAUCUGUCACUCGAAUAUGAUUUCUACAACUUCAUGAAGCAGAGACUGGCUAUUCAAUACCAACAGCUACAGAAAACCUAAAUUUUGUAAGCAUUAACCCUUAAACGGUCCAAACGUAUAUAUACGUUCACGUGCGUAGCACCCCAAACGUAUAUAUACGUUUUCUUUGUCAUUCAUUCAACACUGCCACGAUAAGCCUGAGUCACCUAGACAUGAGAGAAUGGGUGUGAGCACUCACUGUGCACCAUAUUAAAAUAAUUGGGGAUGCCUGGGUACCAUAUGCUCUUUUUUUCCUAUUAAAAAAAAAUAUUUUUUCUCAAAAAAUUUGAGGCGCUACACGAGUGAACGUAUAUAUGUAUAUAUACGUUUGGACCGUUUAGGGGUUAAUAUAUCACCAGUGCAUACGAAGUGACUUUAUUCAUGACUCACAAAAUUAUAACAUGAUUGCAAACAAACCACACGAUGGGCAGGGAUUAAAUCCAUAUCCUGUUCCAUGGUUUGACUUCAUUCACUUCACUUUUUCUCAUAAAACCCCUUGUGUCAUUUACAUAUCACUGAUUAUUUGCUCUUAGAAAUUUAGAGAAAUGUAUUUAACACACUGAUAAGUAUCUAAGUUACAUUAACAGCAAUGUGUUUUUAAGAGUUUCCCUCAAGGGAGGUUCCUUGAUGCUGGUGAAGGGCUCUUGGUUUAAGGAAUUGGACCUGUGCACCAAGUCUUUAAAUUGAGCCUGAAUACUUUCCAUUCCCAGGUGCUGUAUGACCCCUAUGGAUUUAGUGCUCCCCAUGAAUGUAAUAAUUAUAUUAAUGGAUUUAGUGCUCCCCUUCCAUUAACAAUUAUUACAUUCGUGGAAUGCAUUACAUCCAUAGGGGCAAUAUAGACCCUAAUAAAAAUAUAUUAAGAGCUGUGUGCUUAAUACACUGAUAAAUCAUAACUGGAUUACAUUAAGAGCAGUUGUUAGCAAAAUAAACCAAUGCCUAAAUUAAUGGUAUUCACUCAGUGGAACUGAUGAGAUAUUUGUACAUAUCCAGCAAGUACCAAUAACUAUCAUCUGUCUGCAAAAACAUAUUUGUGAUGUACUUUACAGUGUAUAUAAAGGUAAGGGAUAGAGAUUUUUCAGCAAAAAAUAAUUACACAAGUUUUGUGUAAUUUACAUUUACCUCCACAUUACAGAUGAUGUUACUAGAGAGUUGAAGGAAAUUUUAAAUACAUUAUCAAAGUGAACUGUACUGUACUUGCCUAAUUUUAUGACACUUCACUUUCCUCAAAUUUCAAGUGUCAAAUAUCAACUUGCAGAAUGAACUAUAAUCCAACCCAUUAUGCAAGAAGCUUAAAUUACAGUGGACCCCCGCAUAACGAUUACCUCUGAAUGCGACCAAUUAUGUAAGUGUAUCGCUGUAUAGCCCUUGUGGCUUAGCGCUUCUUUUUGAUUAUAAUAAUAAUAAUAUGUAAGUGUAUUUAUGUAAGUGCGUUUGUACCUGUAUGUUUGGGGGUCUGAAAUGGACUAAUCUACUUCACAAUAUUCCUUAUGGGAACAAAUUCGGUCAGUACUGGCACCUGAACAUACUUCUGGAGUGAAAAAAUAUCGUUAACCGGGGGUCCACUGUAUAAUGAUGAGUUAAAGUAACUAGAGAAAAUAAUUUGUAUGUCUUUAUUAUAUUUGGCCCCCCCAAGGGAAGGUCUUUGAUGCUGGGAAAGGGCUCUUGAUUCAAGGAAUAAGACCUGCUCUCCCCUUUGGAUUGAACCUGAUUACCACCCAUUUCCCAGAUGCUCUAUGGCCCCUAUGGAUUUAGCACUUUUCCUUAUAUAUGAUAGUCAAAAACAAGAACUAAACCCAUAUUUGUCAUAAAAUUGAAUAAGAGCAAGAUAGGGGAUAAGGACAAUGUCAUCCAAAUAGGAUUUCUCACUAAAAAUGUCAUAAUCUUGCUAUGCAAGAUUCAUAUAUAGUCAUUUUUAAUCCCAUUUUGUUUAAAAUUGAACAACCUGCUUGUCAUGCAUCACUCAUUGCUGUUUGGUGAGGAGUCAAGCAAGCAUCAAAGGGAGGCACCAUUUUAGUCCUGUGGCUUCCACUUUGUUCUUAUUUGGUUGUUCACAUACCUCUCUCUUAUCUAUGGGGUAGUUUAAUUAAAUUUGUAAUCUUCCUGGUGGCUAAAGCUCUCGCUGCAAAUGGCGAGGGUCUGGGUUUGAUUCCCAGUGAGGAUAGAAACAUUGGGCGUGUUUCUUUACACCAGUGUCCGUGUUCACCAUCAGUAAAAUGGGUACCUGGGUGUUAGUUGACAAGCGGCUUUCUAUAUAAUAGUGUGUCAUUGAUGUCAGCUAGGGCUGUAUAUCAUGUAGUAUAUAUCUUUAUUUACUUGUAAAUAAAAUUAUUAUUAUUGUUAUUAUGGGUGUAUGGGAAGCUGAAGUUAUUUUAAGAGUAUUGUUUUUGCCAAUCCCAAUAACCAGUUUCAAGCUGAUAUAAAUAAUGAAAGCAUUUAAAGUAGCCAAUGCCAGUAAUGGUAGGAUAUGGCCAGUUUGUUGAAAGAGAAUACCAAUAAUCAAACAUUUAAACUAGCCGAUACCAAUACCAUAAUUUAAAAUUAGGAGAUACCUACUGAUUACAAUACUUUGGUACAUCUUCUAGUAUUGUUAUAAUGCUUUUGUGCUGUCUCUGACUUCAUUUCUGGCUCCAAGUAGCAAAAGUGAUAUACAAAUCAUCCUUGUAAGCCCCCAAUUUCUUUUUUUCUCUCUACAAUCAAGAUAAUUACAGUACUGCUA